UCGAAUGAACAAGAGGUAGAACCUAGGCAUGACAUGGAAAAUGAUUCGAAACGUUCCGCUCAUAAAACUAAUGAGAAUAAAGGUCACAAUAAGCAUGAUGUUAAGAAGCACAAUAAUGCGGAUACUGAUAAGAAUCCUAACAGUAAGAAACCUGAAAGUAAAGAAAGAAAACACAAGAAACAUGAAACUGAGAAAAAUAAAUUACAUAAAACGGAAGAUAGUCAUACGAAAAACAAAAAACACAAAGAAGAAGAGCAUGGAAAUGAAAAAACCAAACAUGAUACGGAAAAAAAGAACAAAGAAAAGAAAACUGAUUCGAAACAUUCUAAGCAUAAUAAACAAGAAUCUGAUGACGUACAAAUAAAACACAAGUCUAAGGCUCAAAUAAGGGAAGAUCGUACAAAUUCUGCUAAGGAUGACCACAGAGUAGGAGGACCCUUGAGAAUGAAGAAGCAUCACCGAGAAAUGAAGCAAGGCAGAGAGCCUGACAGGUCACACUCACACGUGCGAGAGCGAAAAACGAAUCAUAAAAAAGAUGAACAUGCUCACAUAAGAUCAACGAGACUAGUUCCACUUUCGCUGAUGCAACAAGAAGACGAUGCGGGUGCUGCAGGGGGGGGAGGAGACGCGGGAGGGGCGGGAGGGGGUGGUCACAGACCUCAAGUACAAGACCAUCGUCCAUCCUUGCUCAGUCCGUAUUCCGUGAUGAAACAAUUGAAACAAAUAUUCGAUGAAUUUCCUUCAGCCAACGCAACGUUCGAGACCGUAGGUCGAACUGCAGAAUACAAUGAUAUAGUCAUUAUUAAAAUAAGCCAAACUAAACGCGAUUCUGAUACAUAUUUCCGAGCCGAGGAAAGUAAGUACAUUGACGAGGUUCCGGAAAAAAAGAUACUCUUCAUAGUUCACGGCCUGGUCGUGAUGGGGAUAAGAAAUACGCCAGCUCUGGUUGAAGUGGAAAAAUUUACAACGCUCCUGGGUUAUUACUUGAAACAUUUAGACAAGUUCGAUAUAUUCUUAAUACCUAUGGCGAAUCCUGACGGGUACUCCCAUAGUCAUGCUUCUCAUCCUCUAUACCAAGCUUCGCAUGGGAUGUGGAACAAAAAUAUGUCUCCACAAGAAGCUUGUCCUGGGGUCGCAUUAGACCGUAAUUUCGACGUGGCUUGGAAUGCGACACGGCUGGUCAGCUCAUGCAGUCCGUUAUACCCUGGCCCCUCGCCCUUCUCCGAGGUUGAAUCGAAAGCCAUUCGGGACAUCUUCCACUACUUCGGACAUAAGAUUUUGGCGUAUAUCCACGUGCAUGCUAGCAGCUAUAGUGGAAGCGUUUUUAAAGGUGAUGCCAUAUUGUUUCCGAGAGGCUACACAGAACAGCAGUCAGAUGACGACAAGUACAUCGACUUGCGAGGAGAGAUUGACGAAGCAAUGAAAAACGGCAGCUUCCAAGUUAUGUCUGUAGCAGUCGAGACGCUGUACAACUGGUACGGGAAGGUGACAGGAUCAAGUGUCGACUACGCAUCUACGGUGUAUGGUAUCCCCUUCGCCUUAGAAUUCGCAAUACAACCGUACGCCGACUCGGACCGGUAUAUGAACAACCUCGCACUUACAAGAAUAUGGAGUAGAGUUAUAGACACCACGUUCAACUUCAUCCACAAGAGUUUACAUUCCAAUGAUGUAAGAAGAAAAUGACCUUGAUUAUAUGUAG